AGUAUAAAUACAGAAACGUAGCGUUGCGUAGGAGCAGGAUGACGAGGUUCAUCGAAUAAACUUGCUUUACAACCUAACCCAGCUAAAUCCUUAAAUUGCAAUCUACAUUAAACACAAAAUGUUUAAACUUGUACCGUUAUGCUAUGGGGAACAGGAUGCGAUAUUAAAUAAAUUAGACAAAUAAAGAUAAAAGACUAAACAGAAGAUUAAAUAGACAGGAGAAGGAAACACAGGAUUCCUUUUGCACUAGAGAAAGAAGCUUACACUUAUUUAUUACUUGGUAGCGUGCAAUGUAAAUGUACUGAGGGGUCGCGGAGGCCAUUAUCGCAGCUUAGCAUCGAACCUGUUGACGUCCUUCGAGCCAACUGGGAUUGAUGAAGCAGAGACCUUGGUAAAAAUUGGUGAUCACGUAUUAUCUCAUCGGUGCCUCGAGGACAAACACUUUAUUAUUGCGUACCCGUCGCGGAUCGCCUGGAACGAGCAUUAUUGCGCGCUAGUUCCAACCGUCGAUCGUAAUAGAUUCAAUUGCACCAUUUAAUAUAUAAUUAUCGCGUCGAUAAUAAAUUCUUUCUACUGCUCGAAAUAACGAUCAACGUGUUGUACCGUUUCUGAUGGAUCAUCCCGUACACGAAUCGAUCGAUAAAUUAUGGGAAACAACAAUCGAACUCGAUUCUCAGCCUCCCGAUGGUUGCUGGCUCGCCACCUUGGCGACAUAACCCUUUCCGACCUCGAAAUUUCCAACGACGGUAAAAUUCUCGGUGUAAAAAUUUUAGUAUAAGAGCGCACAGAUCUAAAAAAGAAAAAAAGAGAGAAAAUGCGAGAAAUUGUGAACGUGCAGCUAGGCCAGUGUGGGAAUAACGUAGGAGGUAAGUUUUGGGAAGCAAUCGCAGACGAGCACGGUCUGGCUCCCGACGGUGUCUUUUACGGCGAAUCGAGCCUCCAGUUGCAACGAAUGAACGUCUACUUCACCGAGGCACCAGGGCGCAAAUUCGUCCCCAGAUCCGUCAUGGUCGACCUCGACUCAGGAAGCUUGAACUCGUUGAUAUCGGGCCCGUUUGGCAGAUUAUUCAAGCCAGAUAACUUCGUGUGUGGACGCGCAGGUGCAGGGAACAACUGGGCCAAAGGUUACUACACCGAAGGUGCAGAGCUUGCUGACACAGCAUUGGAUCUUAUUCGUUUAGAGGCAGAGAACUGCGAUCUCAUGCAAGGUAUCCAACUACUCCACUCGCUGGGCGGUGGUACAGGUUCGGGUAUGGGCUCCCUGCUGUCAAUAAAGUUAAAAGACGAGUAUCCCGACCGAAUCCUCAAGACUUACAGCGUGAUACCCUCGCCAAUGAUGUCAGACGUCGUGGUGGAGCCCUACAACGCGAUACUGUCCCUUGGAAAGUUCGUGGACUAUACCAGCCAGACGUACUGUAUGGACAAUCAGGCUCUUCAUCACAUUUGCACGCGUAUUCUGAAAAUUUCUACGCCCACGUUCGCCGACGCCAAUCACUUAAUCUCUGCCUGCAUGGUUGGCAUCACCGCCUGUCUGAGAUUCCCAGGACAACUGAACACGGACCUGAGGAAGCUGCAGGUGAACAUGGUACCGUUCCCCAGACUCCACUUCUUCGUUCCUGGCUACGCGCCUCUCACGUCCAGAAGCUCUGCUCCUUACUCGAUCCUCUCCAUUCCAAUAUUAACUCAACAAUUGUUCAGUGGAAAUAACAUGCUCGCCUACUGCGAUCCAUUGAUGGGCAAGUUUAUGACCAUCGCCGCCAUCUUCAGGGGCAGGAUGUCGACCAAGCACGUGGACGAGCAGAUGUUGAACAUACGCAACAAAAAUAGUUCCUACUUCAUCGAGUGGAUUCCUAACAACAUUCAGACCGCGAUCUGCGACAUUCCUCCGCGAGGCCUGGCCGUAAGCGCCACGAUGGUAUCGAACACGACGGCGAUCCAAGAAACGAUCAAAAGGUUGAUGAACUUGUUCGACGGUAUGCUGAAGAAAAAGGCCUACCUGCACUGGUACACGGCGGAGGGAAUGGACGAGACCGAGUUCUUCGAAACUCAGGCGAGCAUGCGAGAUCUAGUUUCGGAGUACCAGCAGCACCAGGAAGCCGAGGCUGAAUCCAGCUUCGAAGAUGAAACACCAGGGUUCGAAGAAUGAUUAAAACUGACGUGGAAAGGUAAUAGUAUGUUUUUUUUUAGCUUUAUUUCGCUU